UUGCAUGGUUUUGACAGUUUUAGUGCACUUGUCAUGCAUUAUUUUUGUCAACAAUCAUUAGCAAAACAUCUGAAUUAUUUUAAACGAAAAUUAUUCAAUUAUUCUGCAUUCAGAUCGAAGAUGAGCGAUGCAAAAGAUGGUAGGUCGAAGACAGAGUAUCGUGAUAAGGGGAAGCCAGAGGUGAGCUCUUCCUCUGAGAGUGAUGACGACGAACAUGGUGCAUCUUCCGAUUAUACCAAUCCAACAUCAGAUAAAUCAAAGCUGGAAUGCCUGCAGCAGUAUCUUAAAUCAAAUCUGCACAUUUCAAGCAAGAAAGAGAGCGAUUCAUCGCCAAAAAAUUUGAAAAUAGUUGAUUUUGACGGCCUCGUUGAUCAUUGGAAAGAAAAAGGCUUCAAGAAAAUCGUUACGAUGGUUGGCGCUGGAAUUUCAACAUCCGCUGGCAUCCCGGAUUUUCGAUCGCCCGAAACUGGGCUCUACCAUAAUUUGCAAAAGUACAAGCUACCCUAUCCGACAGCAAUAUUUGAGAUUGGCUACUUCCGAAAAAAUCCACAGCCAUUCUUUGCACUGGCCAAAGAACUGUAUCCCGGACAAUUCAAACCGACACCAUGCCAUUAUUUUGUGAGGCUAUUACAUGAGAAAGGUCUUCUCUUGAGACAUUAUUCGCAAAACAUCGAUACGUUAGAGCAUAUUGCUGGCAUUCCAAGUGAAAAAAUGGUCGAAGCGCAUGGAACUUUUCAUACAAAUCAUUGUAUCGAUUGCCGUCUGGAAUAUUCUAUGGAAUGGGUUAAGGAACAAAUUUUCGCCGACCAUGUGCCUACGUGUACCAAAUGUAAUGGAGUUGUUAAGCCCGAUAUUGUUUUCUUUGGAGAAGAUUUACCACGAAAAUUCUACGUACUCCCCGAUCGAGACUUUAAUGAGUGUGAUUUGUUGAUUAUCAUGGGAACGUCGCUUGAGGUACAACCAUUCGCAUCGCUCAUGGGACGACCGAAUAAGCAAUGCGUACGAUUGUUGAUUAAUAGAGAGCUUGUUGGUAAAUAUUCUCGAUUUGAUUUUCUGUUGGGCACAGAGGGAUUGAAGGUGGGCAAAUCGGAUAAUAAGCGUGAUGUAGCAUUGCUUGGUGACUGUGAUGACGGAAUCAUAGAGUUAGCGAAUAAAGUUGGUCUUGGGGAUGAGUUGAAAGAACUCAUUGAACGUGAACAUAAGAAAAUUGACGAGGCAAACAAGGAAUCGAAUAAAACAAAAGCCGCAAAUCCCAAAGAGGGAGGAAGCAAAGAAUCAAAAUCGGACACGAAAUCAUCUACCGCAGUUGAUGACUCCAAAGCUAAAGCAAAAGGGCACGAGUAAUCAACGACACCAGUAGCAAUUUACUUACUGAAUUGGACACAUGAUAAGAUUGAUCAUAUAUUUUUAAUUAAUUUCCAUUUAUUCUGGAAAGGUUCUUUUACGUUGACGGUAUAUUUGUUUAUUUAUGAGUAUUUUUGUUGACUUACACCCUUUUUUUGGCAAAUAAACUACAUUUCAAAUGUAUUUGAGUGAAAAA